AUACUGAGUGUCGGAAAUGUCUUAUUCACUUUUGACUAAAACUAUAAUACCCAAUAACACUUUGUCCAUUAGAAUACAUGCGCAAUAAUUUAUGACUUUUAUCGAAAAGUAACUAAAAAUUUAGCUGGAUCUAGCAAUCGAAGAUUUAAACGUCAGAAUCAAUAGUUCAACUCAUAUUUGAACAGCUCGGUGAACGCCUUUUCAUUGUAGUCUUCGCCACUUGGACUUUGCCUGUGGUCAAACAGCAAACUAAAUCGAAAACUGAACACAAUGCCUUUUCAUAAACAAUUAAAGGAUGGACGAAAGUGCCAUGGAUUGGAUGGUAGAAUGUACUCCGAAUCGGAAUCGGGCUCCUCAUCAUCGGACAGCUCGUCGGGAUCCAGGGACACGCCCCAGAAGCGAGUGAGAGCCACUGACAAGGCGCUGAACGAGCGCAAGCUUAUGCAGAAGCACGCUGAACAAGCAACCAAGAAGCGUUCGCCAAUUUCCUUUAGGAUUAAGAAAACGUCGAACAUGGUGAGAGUUUUGGCGCCGGACUCACCCAACAACUCAGCCGACUCCGGCAAGGAGAAGGAGCAUAACAUCGGCAAGGAUAAGGACCAGGAGAAGGAGCACAGCGAGGACAUAGACAAGAAGGGCAAUGAUAAGGAUAAGGACAAGGAUGCCGGCAAGGACAAGGAUGGUAUGAAGUCGCGUCGCGAGGAACUGCUUAAGCAACUACGCGCUAUCGAGGAUGCGAUCGCCAAGAAGCGCUCCAAGCUGGAUUUUUUACAAUAGAUUAUAAAUAGAAGCCAACCUUAAUAAUGGUAAAAAUGCUAUUUAAUAUUGGAGUUAUGGGCCGAAAAUAAAACCCAAAAUUAAAGCUGAAAAUUCUAAAACAGGGUAAUAGGGAAUAAAACCACAAUUUUGUACAGGUAUGCUAAUUUUAAAUCGGAAUUCAAUUGAUCAAGUUAUGGGAUCUAGAAAUGUAAUUUUGGAUCACAUUUCAAAAAAAAAGAACACA